AUGACAUGUGCAGCAGCACAGGAAGCUGCUGCUGCUGCUGCUGCUGCAGCACCACCAUCUGCAGCGUCCAAGAGCAGGAAAAGCCGCCGGACCCGUAACAGCAGCAGCAGCGUAAGCAGUAGCAGUAGCUGCAGCAGCAGCAGCAGCAGCAGCAGCAGCACAUGGUGGUCUCCCCUGCAUGUGCGCCGAGCGCAGCUGAGGCGGACUUUUGAGGAGAUCCUGAGUAGUACAGACAGCAGCAGCAGCAGCAGCAGCAGCGACAACAUUGGCAGCAGCAGCAGCAGCAGCAGGAUUGGCAGCAGCAUCAGCGCCAUAACAGCAGCAGCAGCAGCAGCAGCAGCAUCCGUUGCGGGUGAUUUGCCGCAGCAGACACAAAGCGGUCCUCUCUUCCUAUCCCCUGGCAUACCCCAGCCAGCAGCAGCAGCAGCAGCACAAGCAGCAGCAGCAGCAGCAGCAGCUUCUGUCCCGUUAAGUCCUGUAUUGGCGGAUGCUGGUAGACAAAGACGCAGCGCAUGCAACAGGUGCAACAGCAGCAGAAACAGCAGCAGCAGCAGCAGCAGGUGCAGCUGCUGCUGGGGUGUAUCCUCUCGCUGCCUAGAAGGAGCGUCUGUCUUAUCAGGUGACACGAAUGCAGCAGCAGCAGCAGCAGCAGCAGCAACAGCAGCAGGAAGUAUAAUAUAUCCAGAUAUAGAUGAGACGGAGGUGUAUAAACAGCAGCAGCAACAGCAGCAUCAGCAGCAUCAGCAGCAGCAGCAGCAACGACAGCAGCAGCUGCUGCUGCAGCAGGUGCAGCAGCACGGCAUAGAAAGACGUCAGAGCAGCCGUCAAGGAAAUGUAUCGCACACAGCCGUAGCUGUAUCCUCUUCCCCAGCAGCAGCAGGAUCAGCAGCAGCAGCAGCAGCAGCAGCAGCAGCAGGAGGAGGACCAACAGGAGGAGCACAAGAAAUAGUAUUAACAUACAGCAGCAGCAACAAGGAUGGAUAUACACUCCCUUUUCAGGUGUAUAGGCAGCUAAACCCUCCUCUAUUCAUCUAUUAUAGGCUCAGAGGGUUCUAUGCUAAUUAUAGACCCUUUCUUAAGGAUGGACCUCCACAACUUAAUUCAUCUUAUAAAUGUGAAGUAAUAAAGACACAACAAGAGGCGUUAUCCCUUCGUUUAAUAGAUGGUGUACAAACCCUUCCCCCUUUAUUACGGGAGGUGGGAUCGGGCGAUCCCAUCGAUCCCACCGCUCCCGAGGCGUUCCCCUGUGGUGCCCAAGCUGUCUCCUUAUUUAAUGACGAGGUCUCCUUCAAGCAGCAGCAGCAACAAGGACAAAUUGUCUCCCUCCCUCUUGAUUUCAAUUCUACACCCUAUAAAUGGGACUUCUUACAAUUCAUGGUAAAGAAUUCAACAUGGGAGGAUGAGGGUUUACAACCCUGGAUCCUCCCCUCAGACCCUAAAUUUAGGGUUUGGCUCCAUCCUCCAUUAACCCCAGACUUUCAGAAACUUUAUGCUGUCUUAUGGGAACCCUUAUUACCAGGAGUACAAUAUUAUGCUGUACUUACCAAAAAUAAAUGGCCUGCUGAGGCAUGGGGAGCAUCUAAGGCAUUUGUUAUAGCGGGGUUAACUCCUAUGGGGGGAGCAAACCUCCCUCUUGCUGUUGUUACUCUUGCUGCAGGUGCGCUGUGUAUUCUGGUGGUGGUUGUUCUCUUCGUCAUGAAGAGAUUUAAAGUCCAAUUUGUCAGCAGUACAGCUCGAGGAGUGAAACUGAAGACAGAAUCUGCAUCAGGUGGAGACAAGUCUAAGCGGAAGUCUACUGCUGGUGGUGGCGAUGCUGCUGCAGCAGAUGCUGCUGCUGCUGCUGCUACUGCUGCUGCUGCUGCUGAUGGUUCAACAGGGGAAUCAACAGAAGCAGCAGCAGCAAGAUUGCUGCAGUUGCUGCCUGCUGCUGCUCCUGCUGCAUGUCUUUGUCCUGGUCAUUGUAAGAUAAUAGAUGAUGGAUCAUGGGAUACUCUUGUUAUUCGUGGUUCCCUUGCUGCUGCUGCUCCUGCUGCUGCAGCCCCUGCUGCUGCUGCUGCUGCUGCUCCUGUUGCAGCAGCUCCCCCCGCUCCUUCUCCCGCUUCUCUUGCUGUUCCUGUUCCCUCUGCUGCUCCUGCAGCAACAACAACAGCAGCAGCAGCAGCAGCAGCACAAACAGAUCAGUGGGGAGGAGAAGGACUAGAAUUGAAUGCAUCUAUUGAUAUGGACGAAGAAGGAGACAGAACAGAUGAUAGCAGCAGCGAGUAG